ACAUCACUUCACCAAAGCAACUGAACAAAGCAAGACAGGUCUAGCUGAUAUACAGAACAAAUACAAAUUUCAUCAAAAUAAAAUUAAAGAAAUGGAUACUUUCAAGGUAAUUAACAAGGGCCGAUGCCGAGGCAUCGUCAAUAUUACAAAGGAACCGGAAUCGAAGCCGAAACCGGAACCGAAAGCGACCGAGGACAACCAAAAAGAGAAGUCACCAUCUAAAAGAACAUCGUCGCCCAAAAAGAAGGCUCAACUUACCCCACAACAAAUGGAUAUCGUCAACCAACAUGUUAUUGGAACAUUUGGGCUUGAAUUCGAUCACAGUAAAGAAGACUGUGUUGAGAUAACUGCUACAGUUCAGGAGCCGAAGCUACCCUCUACAGAACCGGUACCUCCCGGCGAAGAUAAGCUACAUGAGCUGUAUGUCUGCAACACCGACGGUGAGCUGGUGGCAAAAAUACCUUUUCUAGAAAGCGACUACCGCGAGGUCCUUCGCGAGGCCCUUGAGCGAUCCCGGACCUCCGAACAGGGCAACCAGUAG